AUGGCGCCAAACAACUACCAGCGUCCUUUGUCUGAUACGGAAUGGGAAGAGGCAAAGCCGCAUUUCGAGCGUCUUUAUAUCGGUGAAGCUCGUCCCCUACCAAAGGUCAUGGAGUUGAUGGAGAAACACCAUGGAUUCAAAGCGAGCCAAAAGAUGUACAAGAACCGCAUCAAGCAAUGGGGUCUGUCAAAGUAUCUCAAGUCGGAGCAGGCAGAACGCCUCGCGAACGAAGGAGGUGCUAGUGACGAGAUGACCCAGAAGGGUAUACGGUCCAUGGCUCGACGGCGUAAUCGUGAACAGAUGAAGCAAAAGUCCCAGCAUGGACGACAUGCUUCGACUGCUUCAAACGAGUCCCCUCCGCGUCAAAUGCAGCAAGUGCAACAGCCAUUGCCGGCUCACCCUUCAGCUCAUGUACCAGCUCCUGUACGGACCACUCUCACCGUCACACCGGCUCAACAUCAACCUCAUCCACAGCUCCAGACAUACACGAGCCAGUCGCCAAUCGCCUCAGCAGCUUUCGUGGCCGAGCCUUCACCCAUUCAGCAAGACAAUCCUGCUCCCUGGACAGCACCCCAAUCCUUCAAACGCGGGUCAACAUCCAGUAUCGAGGACCAGUUUCUGGUAAAUCUCCGUGCCUGGACCCACGAAGCUUUCGUCACACGCCAAUGGGAACGAUCGGCCUCUGUCAUGCACCAAAAAGGCAGACACGCCUCACGCCAGCUGGCCUCCGAGUUAGGAGCUGGUAUCAAGCUGCUUGAACAGAACAGUGAGCUUGCAUGGGCCCAUUGGGGCCGUGCCGUCGAACACUUCCAAAAUCCGGAGCUUUUUAAAACUUGGUACCACGAAACCCCAGUGCGUUUGCUAUUCGAAGUCAGUCGCAUCGCACACCUGGGACACCCUGCCUUCGCUGUCAAGCUGUUGAGCUUCAUCAGUGAGUGGGCCGCAUCGCAUCUGGAUAAAUCAGACGUGCGGCAUGCCCUGUACGGACUAUACAACCAAAUUCCCCCUACCCAGCUGAAACCCCUGUAUGUACGUGCAGCACGAUGCAUGCUCGACGGCCUGAAGUCUCGACUGGAGCCACAUAAUCCGCUACUCGUCGAGGUCCGGCUCAACCGUGCUCUUGAUAUGGUCUGGUUUGAACCCAUGACCGAUCUUAGCGAAUGGGUGCUGCCACUUGAUCAGGUCGAUCGAGCAUGCGGCAGUGACAACCAGUUCUCCAUUUAUUACCUCCUCCUCGAGGCAUAUCAACUUGUAGGCCGCGACAAACACGAAGAAGCCGAACGUGUCACGCAACAAGCUCAGGUCCGCAUCGAGGCCCUGCAGGCGCUUCAGGAAGCCAGCCCGAGCCCCGAUCCCAGCACCAACCCCAACAAAAACCUCGACGAAUACCGCGUCGCCAUGGCCUACCGACGCCUUGGCCGCAUGCAAUACACCAAAGGCCGCUUCCAGGACGCGCGCCGCAGCUUCAACACGGCCCUGCGCUACGUCGGCGUCGGCGUCAAGGCCGCCGACAACAUCAUGGUCGAGGUGUUUCAAUGCCAGGAAAGUAUGGCCCGGGCGCUCAAGGACGAAGAGGACGCGCAGCUCUGGAGUCGACUGCUGAAGGCGCAUGAGAUGCGCGUCAAGGAGAAACAGGAGGCGGAUCUGGCUAAAGAGGCCGCCGCCAUCACCAACGGCAUGACGGGCGGCACCGCGCAGUUGAGUCCCAUGGCUAUCGAUGGCGGGAUGGCGACGCCGGGGGCGAGGAGCGCGAGCCCGAGGCCUUUGAGCCGGAGCACGACGUUCUGA